AGGUAACCAGCCCGGGCGGGAGGCUGGGGCCUGAGGAGGCCCUUUGUUCCCUGUCAGAGCCUCCCUGGGGGGAAGUGGCCCCAGCAGCCGGUUCAGACCUGGCUUCCCUGAGGACACUCCGUCUCACCACUCUCUUUGCAUGAAUCCCCCGGAGCUGGGCCGUGAGGCCGGCAGGGGGCCAGGUGCCCUCAGGGUCUCCCUCGUGCUGCUCGGGCUCUGGGCACUCCUGGCUUCGGUCCAGGGCUCUCAGGGCCGUCCCUCCUGGCGCUAUGUGUCCUCCGAGGUGGUGAUUCCGAGGAAGGAGACACACCGUGGCAAAGGCUUCCAGGUGCCAGGCUGGCUCUCCUACAGCCUGCGUUUUGGGGGCCGGAGGCACGUCAUCCACCUGCGGCCCAAGAAACUUCUUCAGCCCAGACACCUGCUGGUGAUGACGCAGGAUGACCAAGGAGCCUUGCAGAUGGACUACCCCUACAUCCCUACAGAUUGCCACUACCUCGGCUACCUGGAGGAGAUUCCUCUCUCCAUGGUCACUGUUGACACGUGCUACGGGGGCCUGGACGGGGUCAUGAAGCUGGAUGACCUUGCCUAUGAGAUCAAGCCCCUCAAGGACUCCCGCAGCUUCGAACACGUUGUUUCCGAGAUCGUGGCCGACCACAAUGCGACAGGACCUAUGUACAAACUGGGACUCAAGGAGGACGUGGACACCCUGUUCUCCGAGGUGAACCCCAGUGCGGCUCCCCGGACCUCUCCUUGGGUCUAUGCCUCACAUGAGUCCAGCGUCAGAGCCCAAGUCCUGUUUUCCUUGUCCAUGUAUCGUGUAUUCGGUAACAUCACGAAGUGUACGAAUUGGAUAGUGUCGAUGUCCAGUCUAGCCGACACCUUCCUUCAAGCUCUCGAUUCAAGCUUCUUCCUUUAUCUCAUAACCAUAUAUAGCCAGAGAGAUCCAGCCGCCAUGAAUGACUUUAGGCUUCCAGGAAGCCCAAUGCACAACUAUUAUGUAUCAGAAUUUUAUAGGAGGAUGACUCUUUCGGGCGCCGUGCUGCUCAUUAAAGAGGGUCCCCAGGACAGCGCCGUGGACCCCCCGCAGUACAGCUUGUGCAGCCAAAAUAGCCUGCUGUAUACUGGCUAUCUAGACAGACACUAUUUCUUGAUAGCUGUGGUAGUGUCCAAUAAACUUAUGAGGAAUUACGGUAUGUAUUAUGAUCAUGUAGGGUGUGGUUGCCUCAGAAGAACUUUCUGCAUAAUGGAGAGAUACCCUGGGCUGACAGAUUCAUUCAGUAACUGCUCCUAUGUCCAUUUCCAGCAUAUCUCUUUAGGAGGGAGAGGGAAAUGUGUCUUCCACCCACCUGUACAGUCUUUUAAUAGAAGCGAGGCAGAGGUUCGUUGUGGCAACUACAUAGUGGAGGAGACAGAGGAGUGUGACUGUGGCUCUCUGAAGCAGUGCUACACCACCCAGUGCUGUCAAAUGAACUGCAGGCUCACGUCCAGAAGCACUUGCCAUGUAGGAGAAUGCUGCACGAACUGCAGCUACUCUGCUCCUGGAACUCUCUGCAGACCUAUCCUGAAUAUAUGCGAUCUUCCAGAGUACUGUACCGGGGGAGCCGCAUCCUGCCCCACAAACACUUAUAUGCAAGACGGAACCCCAUGCACCGAAGAGGGCUACUGCUACCAAGGGAAUUGCACUGACCGCAGUGUGCACUGCAAGGAAAUCUUUGGUGUCAGUGCGGUGAACGCUCCGGAGGCCUGCUACAGCAUAAACACAGGAAGAACCCGAUUCGGACAUUGUUCCAGAAUCUACUAUGAGGUGGCGUUCACAGCUUGUGCUGCAAAGGACCAGAUGUGUGGGAGGCUGCAGUGCGCCAAUGUCACCCAUCUUCCCCGACUUCAGGAACACGUUUCCUUCCAUCAAUCCGUCAUAUCAGGCUUCCAGUGCUUUGGGCUGGACUCGCACCGUGGGACGAGAACAACGGAUGCUGGGCAAGUGAAGACCGGCUCUAUCUGUAGCCCUGGAAAGUUCUGUAAUAACAGUGUGUGCGACGGGACUGUGGCUGACCUGCAAUACGACUGUGCCCCUCAGAAGUGCAAUCGCCGAGGUGUUUGCAACAACAGAAGGAACUGCCACUGCCACGUGGGCUGGGACCCACCACAGUGCCAGAAACGAGGUUUUGGUGGGAGUGUAGACAGCGGACGCCCUCCAAGAAAAAUGCGAGCAAUUCAACAAAGUGAGGUGUCAUUAGUCUAUUUGAGACUGGCCUUUGGUCGUAUUUAUAUCUUGAUAGCUGUAUUGCUCUUUGGGGUGGCCACAGGUGCACGAACUGUUACGACUACCAAAGUUGAAGAAAAGACGAUUACAGCCUGAGCCCACAAGAAACAAGCCUCCUGCCAAACCCUUGUAAAAUUAUAGGCACUAUGGUCGGAACAUCUAGGAAAGACAGUUGCUACAAGGGAUGGCCACGCUCACGUCCACAUGUCUUGCAGUCUGCAGGAGACUCAGGGGUCUUCUCACAUCAUAGGAGCAAGGGAGGCGUCGGCUUCUGUCACACGUUCUCUUUUUAGCUGGCUGGCGCUCACUCUGAAAUAAAGCUUCAAAACCAGA